CAGUAGCUGCCUAAUCACUAACAGUGAUUUUUUUCCUCCCUUCCUCCUCCUUUGGACAAGCUCCCCACAAUGAAGAUGCUGCUGAGCCUGUUUGCUCUGCUCUCUGCUGCCCUGUUAGUCCACACAGCCCCUCCAACUUGCUACUCAAGGGUGUUGUCUCUGAGCAAAGAAAUCACGGAGUCCUUUAAGGAGUUACAGACUUCCAAAGCUGUGGACUCGUGUGUGGAGAUGCUGCCCAGGCUGUACUUGGACAUACAUAAUUACUGUGUGUUGGCAAAACUCCGUGAUUUUGUGGCCUACCCCAGAUGUGAGAGAGUGCUUGAAGUGAGUGAGCUGAAGGAAAAAGCCCGGAGCCUGUACACCAUCAUGAUCUCCUACUGCAGAAGGGACUUGGUGUUCCUCACUGAUGACUGUAGCGCUCUGGAAAAUCCUAUUCUGCCUCCCAUUGAGCCCUCCAUCACUGAGAGCUAAAAUGAAGUCAACCCAAAAGUUGUACCUGGGAAGUGUUCAA